AUGACAGAUUUGUGUGAGAUAUCGCCCUUUUGUGCCGCUCGGGUAGAGGACCCAAAAGUGGAUAUUUUUAGAGAAGAAAUUUCCUCACAAAUGCUGAGGUUGGAACCGUUCAAAUUAUGUGAAGAUGAGAUUGCUGUUGAUGGGUUCUCGCGUUAUGUUCUGGGUAAAUUUUUAACAUAA